AUGAGAGGACUACCGACGCUCCUAUGGGGAAUCGCUGCACUAUGUGCAGCAAAUGCUGUACCAGUGCACCAGUUGCACGAGCGAAUGACCCCCACCGAGAGACUGCAAAUUUUCCAAACGAGCGACGUGCCAGAGUAUGAAAUCACGUCUAUUCACUGGCCGAGGGUGGAGAGGAGAUCAGCGGAUGGUAGCACUGGGAUUUAUCUAAAAGCUUUCGGUGCAGAUAUUGAAUUGUGGUUGAAGCCGACGGACUCGGUUUUAGCCGGAUACGAUACCCCAGUUUAUCUCCUGAAAUCAGGAGAUUCCGCUCCGAAAAUAACGAAAUUUUCCAACGUAAUGGAAAGGCUUGACGGGUUCGAAGAUACGAAGAAAUCUGCUGCCCUGGUGGUUCGUCGACGAGAGGACAAAAGCCGAGAGAUGAUCGGUACGAUAGGUUCUGAACACCUGGUGAUCGCACCGAUUCCUGAGCGCCUCAUCGGGGAAGUAAGAAGACAAAGGAGAUCAGCAGAUGAUAUUGCUGUCUCUGAACAAGAUGAUCAUCAUUAUCACAUCGUGUACAAGAGGAGUCCCUCUUCGAUCAACGUCGAACACCCUGAACCCCUACUCGCGAGGGCCGACACACAAACCGAAUCACCACAGCUUCCAAUACCUGAUACGGUGUACCCUGAGCUUCUGAUUGUCGUAGCUAACGAUCUCUACAAGAAAUUGGGCAACGAUUUCUGGCACUCGACAGCCUACAUCCUGGCGUUCUGGAACAGCGUCGACUUGCGUUACAGAACCUUCCAGAAUCCAAAGUUCAGAUUGAAUAUCGCAGGUAUUGUUCUAGCUGAGGAUCCCGAGGUGCUGGUGUACCUGGCGGCGAAUGCGGAAGAUGAGAAUACAACAGUUGCCACUCCUGCCCUGAGAGAGAGUGGAACCUACUGGUACGCCAGGAAGGAUGACAUCCCAAUCGAGAAUUACGACAUUGUCGUCACGAUGACCUCAAAGGCACUGUGCAACUUCUACAAAGGCGAUCCCAACUGUCACCCUGGGACUCUAGGAAUGGCAUUUAUAGCGGCAGCCUGCAAAAGGUCUGAUUAUUUCAAAGAGCUGGGAGGUUCAGUUCUCCUCACAGAUUCCGCUGCAUUCGAUGGAGUUCACACAGCUGUCCACGAACUGGGGCACUCAUUCGGUGCACGACAUGACACCACAGAGUGUCCUCACACUGACGGGUUCAUAAUGGCUGGUGUUCCUCAUCUAAAUGAGAAUUCUUCAGACUGGUCAAAGUGCACCGUGAGACAGAUUCAGAACUACCUCGAAACUGGUCCAACUUGUCUCUACAACAAGCCCCACAAGAAGAACAUCCUACCGAGAUAUCUUCCAGGUAGUAUAAUGACAGCUGAUCAACAGUGCCAGAAGCUCGAGGGAACCAAAGCCUGCGAGGUAGAUGAGUUAAUCUGCCAGAGACUCAUGUGCAUCCGGGCAGGGCGCGAUGACAAUUACUGCGGUACAAUGGGUAAUGCUGCUGCUGAUGGUACACAUUGCGGUGGUGGAAAUAUCUGCCUGAACGCGAGGUGCGUCAGGCCUCCGAAAUUUUGAAUUCAAUAACAAAUAUUCUACCCCAAUGAUCAAUCUCGAUUCAAAACCCGUCUAUUUCCAAUCAGAUGAAUUGUAAAUACGAGAGCUAUGUAAAAAUGUAAAUAAAUAA